UUUAGGGUUCAUCGAGCUGGACCUCGGGGAAAGAUAUACUUUAAACCAGAAGAAGUAAAGGCAGCAAUUGUUACUUGUGGAGGGCUCUGCCCUGGUCUUAAUGAUGUAAUUAGACAGAUUGUAAUCACCCUUGAAAUAUAUGGUGUGAAAAACAUUGUGGGGAUUCCUUUUGGCUAUCGAGGAUUUUCUGACAAAGAAUUGACUGAAGUACCGCUAUCAAGAAAAGUUGUGCAGAAUAUUCAUCUUUCUGGUGGAAGCCUGUUGGGAGUUUCACGAGGAGGACCUGCAGUCAGUGAUAUUGUGGACAGUUUGGAGGAACGAGGGAUCAACAUGCUUUUUGUAUUGGGUGGAAACGGUACACAUGCUGGUGCAAAUGCAAUUCACCACGAGUGCUGCAAAAGACGGUUGAAGGUAUCUGUAAUAGGCGUGCCCAAAACUAUUGACAAUGAUAUUUUAUUGAUGGAUAAAACUUUUGGGUUUGAUACUGCUGUUGAAGAAGCACAAAGGGCAAUAAAUUCUGCAUACAUUGAGGCACAUAGUGCAUAUCAUGGAAUUGGGGUUGUGAAAUUGAUGGGCCGUAGCAGUGGAUUCAUAGCAAUGCAGGCUUCCCUGUCUAGUGGACAGGUUGACAUAUGCUUGAUUCCUGAGGUUCCGUUCAAUUUUCAUGGACCUCAUGGAGUAUUGAGUCAUCUCAAGUUCCUUUUAGAAACGAAGGGAUCAGCUGUUGUCUGUGUGGCAGAGGGAGCUGGACAGAAUUUACUCCAAAAGACAAAUGCUACAGAUGCAUCGGGAAAUGUUGUACUGGGAGAUAUUGGAGUAUAUAUUCAACAAGAGAUAAAAAAGUAUUUCAAGGAAAUUGGUAUUCAUGCUGAUGUAAAAUACAUUGAUCCAACGUACAUGAUCCGCGCAAUUCGAGCAAAUGCAUCGGAUGGAAUUCUAUGCACUGUACUUGGACAAAAUGCUGUUCAUGGUGCGUUUGCAGGAUAUAGUGGCAUUACAGUAGGCUUAUGUAACACUCACUAUGCUUACUUUCCCAUCCCGGAAGUGAUAUCUCAUCCUAGGCUGGUGGACCCCAACAGUCGAAUGUGGCAUCGUUGCUUAACUUCAACAGGUCAACCUGACUUCAUCUAAUAAUUUACACUUUUUUCCAAUAAAUUCAAGAGGCCGGGAAAUUCAGGUUUCCAAAGGGCUUAUCAUAGGAAGACAACUUCAAAAUGUGUUUAUUUGUUGAACAGUAACAUGAGAAAAUAAUACUAAGGAUGCCAUCUCCUUUUAUUGAAAAAUUGGUUAUUUGUAUAGUAUGGCAGUUUCAAGUCCUGCCAGUUGCAUUCAAAUUAAUUUUUAGAGUGGAAUCACCAAGCACUAUGCGCUUGGUAUUCAUCAAUUUGUAAGUGGCAACAUUUUUUAAUCGAUUUUAGGGGCACAUUUUUAAU